AUGCGAGAAAAAUAUCUUUUAGAGGCAGGAUGGGCCAAAAAGGGCAUGAUUGGCGUCACUCAACCGAGGCGCGUGGCAGCAGUUUCUUUGGCCACACGAGUUGCCGAAGAACGCGAUGUUGCCCUAGGCGACGAAAUUGGCUACGCAGUCAGAUUUGACGAUUGUACUUCUGAUAAAACAGCAAUAAAGUUUAUGACUGAAGGUAUCUUGUUGAGAGAGAUGUUGGCUAGCCCUUUAUUAACACAAUACAGUAUUAUCAUAGUUGAUGAAGCACACGAAAGAAAUAUGCUCACUGAUAUGGUCUUAGGACUUCUUAAAAAAAUUCUAAAGAAGCGGAAGUCGUUACAUCUGGUAAUAUCUUCAGCAACCGUAGAUGCUGAAUUUUUGAAGACAUAUUUUUCGGACACCAAUAAACUAGGUGACGCUGCCACCAUACUUGGUGUCCAGGGGCGCACUUUUCAUGUAGACGUACAUUAUGUUGAAGAGCCUGUACCAUGCUACAUUAAAGCUACAGCUGAUACAGUAUUAAAGAUACAUAAAUCUGAAAAUCCAGGAGAUAUUCUUUGUUUUCUGACAGGAAUGGAUGAAGUUGUCCAAGCCAAAAAUAUUCUGGCUGAUCAUUGCCUAACCAAAGACUAUGAAGACUUAAUCGUUUUGCCAAUGUAUGGCAGCUUGCCUAAUAAUGAUCAACUUAAAGUGUUUUUCAAAACGCCUCGGGGGAAAAGAAAAGUAAUACUUGCUACAAAUAUAGCCGAAACAUCAGUUACCAUUCCUGGAAUAGUUUAUGUUGUGGACUGUGGCUAUAUGAAGUUAAAAGUGUUUAAUCCUGCAGCACAUGUAGAUAAUUUAGUAAUAGUUCCUAUCAGCAAAGCCAAUGGUGUGCAAAGAGCAGGAAGAGCUGGAAGAAUUCAACCCGGGAAAGUUUAUAGGUGA